ACACCUGGUGUUGCUUUGUAACUUGUCCGGUUCCUGCGGCUGCACGAAGAACCUGAUGAAGAUGGAUCUGCGUUAUCAAUGUCAAUAGGACAAUACGUCGCUUAUUAUUCCGAGCAGCUGUUUCCUCAACAGCACCAUGUUGGCCAGGAAGGGCCUCCUACCUGACGGGUUCCUUCUGACCCGUCUCGCUGAGGACCAGAACCAGCGGAACCGGAGCCACUGCAGAGCUCAGAAGGCCCGCUUCAUCACCAAGACUGGCUCCUGCAACGUGGCCCACAAGAACAUCAUGGAGCAGGGUCGCUUCCUGCAGGAUGUCUUCACCACCAUGGUGGACCUGAAGUGGCAGCACUCCUUCCUCAUCUUCACCUCCGCCUUCCUCUGCUCAUGGAUGCUGUUUGCCAUGAUCUGGUGGCUCCUGGCCUUCGCCCACGGGGACCUGGAACCCCGUGACCCGGACGGCGAGCCGGGCCCUGUGCCCUGCGUCACCGCCAUCCAUUCCUUCACUUCCGCCUUCCUCUUCUCCAUCGAGGUCCAGGUGACCAUCGGGUUCGGGGGCAGGAUGGUGACAGAGGAGUGUCCCCUGGCCAUCACCGUGUUGAUCAUCCAGAACAUCCUGGGGCUGAUCAUCAACGCCGUUAUGCUGGGCUGCGUCUUUAUGAAGACGGCACAGGCCAACCGCCGGGCCGAGACGCUUAUCUUCUCCAGGAACGCCGUCAUCGCCUCCCGCAACGGGCGGCCCACCUUCAUGUUCCGGGUGGGGGACCUGAGGAAGAGCAUGAUCAUCUCCGCCACCGUGCAGCUGCAGGUGAUCCGGCGCACGGUGACAGCGGAGGGCGAGGUGAUCCCGGUGUGCCAGCUGGACAUCCAGGUGGAGAACCCCCUGAGGAGCAACGGCAUCUUCCUGGUGUCUCCUCUGAUCAUCAGCCACACCAUGGAGCGAGGAAGUCCUCUGUACGAGCUGUCCUCCCAAUCCCUGGCCUCUGAGGACCUAGAGAUUCUCGUCAUCCUGGAGGGCGUGGUGGAGACCACUGGCAUUACCAUGCAGGCCCGGACCUCCUACACCCCCGAGGAGAUCCUGUGGGGGCGGCGCUUCGUCUCCAUCAUGACGGAGGAGGACGGGCGCUACUGUGUCGACUACUCCAAGUUCGGGAACACGGUUCCCGUCAAGAUGUCGUCCCUCAGCGCCAAGGAGCUGGACCAAACCCGGGGGGUCCGGGAGGGGGGCCCCUCCGACCCCGUUAACCUGCAGGGCUGGGGGCUGGUCAGGGCUGGGAGGGGGGGCUUCCGCAGAGGAGGGGGGCGGGCCUGCGACGGCUCCUCCGCCCCUGAGCCUUGGUACACCCAAUCGGAGCAGCCGCAGAGGGGGGCGGAACCGACCGGCCAGAAGAACAAGAAGGUGAGGCUGGAGGUGAUCGGACGACGGAUUGAAGACGGUGAACUGGGAGAGACCAGCGAAUGAGGACCAGGGGUCCCUACUGGAGAAUAGAGACAGAACCAGGAGGACAUGGGAACAAACAAUCAAAGCAACAAACAUAAAUCAAAUUAUCUACAAACUAAAACAUCUGUCAUCUUAAAGAAGUCAACCCCCCAAGAUGGCCGCUAUUCAAGAUGCCCGACUGCUGUAUCUUCAUUGAACUAUAAUUCAUGUUUCAAAGAUGUGAAAGUUUAUUUUGUUUCAUUGUGUUCAAGCCCUUCCUUCAAUCAGUGUUUGUGUUUUGAUGUUUCAUCUCAUCUUUGAUCACAAACUAUAACUAUUCACUUAUACGUCAUUAUUACAGCUCUUAAUAUUAAUUAUUCUUAGAUUAGAUGUGAGGAUAAUAAAACCUCAGAUUCAGCAAAUCACAUUGGAGACGUUCAUUGUCCCCAAAUGGAUUUAUUAUUAUUAGCAUUGUUUACAUCUUGCUGAGCUAGCAUUUUAUUUUAUCACAGAAUUACAAAAUGGCACAAUCAUUUGUAAUAUAAAAGGAGGAAUUUUCAGCUUCACACGGGUAUUCUUUGUUUCUAAUAAAACAUGUUUACAUCCUUUAACAUAA